AUGUAUGAUUAUCAAAGUAAUCACUCGACUGAGAGUCCGCUCAUUUUAAAGUGACAAACAUGAUGAAGUGCAAAUAUAUAUGUGGUUUCCUCAGAUAUUGACGAAUGUAAAGGAAAUCACUCUUGUCACGUGAAUGCUAUCUGCACGAACACCAACGGAUCCUAUCUUUGUGAAUGCCACCCUGGAUUUAAUGGAAAUGGUCAAAGCUGCACAGGUGAAUUUAAUCUCUUUGCUAUAAUAUUUAGAAUAUUCCUGCUCGAAUAUAAUCUGAAGCUGCUGAGGUGGCCAUAUUAUUAGUUUCUCAUAUGUAAACGAUACCGGUUGUGCCCUAAGUCUGCCUAGAGCUGUCCUUUAAUGCAUUGUCUGAAAAAGAAGGAGCUCAAAUUCGGAUCCUGAUGAGUUUAUCUAGAUUUCCAAUAUCACUGUUUUAGUCUCAAAGCCUUAAAGUAGUUAAAGACAUGCGAGUUACAAUGUUUAAUUCGUUUUCGCCUAAAAACACUGUAGGUACAUUUAAGCAAUUGCUAUCUACAAUCGAGUGAGUGAAUAACAGACCAAUAAUGACCUGCAUGCUGUAUCUGUGGAUCCAUAGCAUUAAAUAAAGCAAUUUUAGCAGGAACUAUUGUCCUACCAGUACUAAAGACGAUCGUUAGCAAGCGAUCUAAGAUUUUAGUGCUUAGCUACCUUUUGUAAUUCAGCGUGGCUUUAAGCAACGUUGGGGCUUUUCUUUGAUACGUUUCUUAAACCAUAUAUGAAAACUCUAAGAACGGGUGCUGUUAAUUUUAUCGUGAAUUAAUUCAUCAAUAAAUUAAACUUGCUUCAUGUUGAAGUUUAUCAAAAUGAAACAACACGAAGGUUACCUGCUAUAUUAUUCAGUGUUAUUUGUUGUCAUUGUCGUUUUAACCGUGAUUAAUUGUUCUGCGAAUCGAAGUCAGAGAUAAAAAAAAUUUGAGAAUAGCUCGGGCUGCACUUUUUUAUGUCUUUAGUUUUGAUCAGCGCCGGUGAAAAAUUAAAUUAAAAAAAAAAAAAUAAAACAGGAACGAAGUCUGAUUCCUCAGUCUAACCGUUUCGUUGGUGACUAGUUUGAGUGCAUUUCAUUCGUUCAUGGUUAAACGGGAACUCAUUGUAAACAACUUCAUCGUUGGGUCGCUUGAUCUCUACAUGUUUCGCCAUGACUCCUGCUUAAAAGAGGUGUACUGUCAUGAUUGAGAAGAAUAUUCAGUAAACAAGGGAAAAAACGGCGACGAUUUCAAUUCCAAAUUAUACUUUACAAAAUUAUGAAGAAAAAAAGAGUAGUGCUGAAAUCUAAAAGCACGAAACGAAAUGACAGCGAUACAAAUCAUAGAAAAAAUAUAUAUUUAGUGGGCUUCAAAAUUUGAUAGAUGAAUCUGCAGACUCGAGACUUAACUGAAAUGAAAUAAUUUCAAAGUUUCAUCGCCCAUGUGGAUUCAUAUUAACAACUCACUUGUAGUAAACUCUCCUCGGUUUGUGCUUGUCGUUACACUCUCAAAGAGGAUAAUUUCGUUGUCCUUCAAGUGGUCUAUGAAACCGAAAAUUCAAGGCUGAUAAUGAUCCGAAAGAGCCAAAGUUAGGAUAUUCAAGAAAAAAUAUAACGUGGACGGUUCGUUGAAACGACUGCUAAGUCACUUUUCAACACAACGCGACGGUCUUCUCGACCCAGUUUUUUCUCGGCAUUUUUGCUGUGCGCGCCGUUUUGAAAUGACGUUUCCGUCCUCUUUGCUAAACCACUCUUUUUAACGAGUGUGAAGGAAAUCAUUCCUAUCACGUGAAUGCUACAUGCAUGAACACCCUUGGAUCACAUGUAUAUGAAUGUCACCCUGGAUAUGCUGGAAAUGAACAAAACUGCACAGGCGAAUUUUAUCUCUUUCCGAAAUGACAUAAUUGACUCCAGCGCCGCACCAUUCAGCCGCGUUCACUCAUAACUCGUAAUAUAAGCAGCGGUUUUUCAUGAAGGCGAUGAAAUUUUUAUUUUGUUUCCCGCGUUGAAAGUAGCAGUAAAUUCCUCAGUGUUGACUUUUAUCCGAAAUUCACAUCGAGGAGGCAUAAUUUUAUGCUACCUUAAGCACAAAAACGAAUCAUUUUUUGAUUAUGUUUUAAAUCAUUUAACAACCUUACACGAACUUUUACGUGAUGCAGACAUGAAACUCUCCGUGGAACUAAAAAACCUUCAAGAAUCCCUGAGCUUUAAAGAUUCCCUAAUAAUAAUAAUAGCAGCUAUGAUCCUUAUUUGACUUAUGCAAACCGAUGAAUGAGUUGCCAGUAAUCGGAUCCUUGUGUUUUCGCAAAGAUUUCUGGGAGCGCCACGGGGCAAACAUUACAUCUCUCUAGAAAUAAAUGUAUGGCGAAAGGCUGUUUCGAGGUCCAAAGAAGCGAUUACGAAGAGAGAUCAUCGCUUUUUUGCCGCUGCUUUAUCAGAAUUGGAGUGGGUAAUGCUGAUUCAAGGGAAGCGUAAGUUUUGUUUGAACAACCAUGAAAUAUGAAGUAAAAUGAACCGAUUGACUUUUCACCAUGCGCACGGUUUAUUGUGAAAUUGACAUCGUGUUCUGGUCUCGAAAUUUAGACAUAUUAGCCUUUUCAGUUUUGUUUACGUGUCUUAAGUCUACUUAUAGCUUCUAGCUUUUUUCUUGGCUUGGUAAUACAAAAGAGCGCUACAACGAUACCUUGAAGCACCAGGAGAUCGUAAUGGUGUGAUUGGGCAUUGAAUAAUAUCGCGAUGCAUUAAAGUAAUUGCUUAGGAAAUCUUUGUGCAAACGCAAGGAUCCGAUUACUGGAAACUCAUUCAUUCGCGUUAUAAUUAUAAAUAAUUGGAUGGUGCUAUUAGACAGAGAGUCAUUGCACACUCCUGGGACUUAAUUGUGUUACUACCAAAUACCUCUAGGCUGGUGUCGUUGUUUGGGAACCGGAGAUCAAAAAUGUCUUAAACGCGUUUGGUAGCUUCAAGUUGAGGUACAAAGAACUACAGGCUUUGAUGGGCGAUUAAAGCAAGAGUUCACAUAACUCUAUAUAAUGCUAUCAUUUCAUUUUAGUUCCUAUUUGCAUCAUCACUGUCCAAUCCAAAUUCUUCUUUAAAUUUUACUUAACGGAUAGUUGUUCUUGUAAAACAUUAGUCCUAUCUAGUUGUUGUCGAACUGAUUGACUUGAAAAAUGUCAACAAAAAAUGUUAUCUUUGUUUAUACAACCUUUUUGUAAUGUUUAUUUCAUUUACUAGCCGACCCCUGUUAUAAUUAUCAAAACCUGAGUGAUGCCAAUAGAAAAAGCAGUUACGUUACGCCGAUAGACGAACCAUCUUUGUGUGACAAGUUACUCCCCACGGGAUGGUAUCGUUUUGUGGGAGAUGCAGGAACAAAAAUGCCAACAACGCGUGUGCCAGCAUUCAGAUGUGGUACAGACUGGUCAGGCUGGUUGCAUGGUGCUCAUCCUACAGUGGAAGAUGGUAUAGUUCACAGGAAGGUCUGCUUCAGUGAUCGUUCUUCUGGUUGCAGAUAUUAUACAGAUAUUUUUGUAAAAAACUGUGAAUCCUACUUCAUCUACACACUUUACAUACCUUUCUGUCCCUCGCGCUUCUGUGGUACAGACUGA